CAGCUCAAAAUGAUACUACUAUAACUUAUACAUGUGACUAUAAAUAAACAAUGGCAGCUGUAACAGAUGAUCACUAUGACUACAUCUGGAAAGUUGUAUUAGUGGGUGAUUCAGGUGUUGGUAAAACUAAUUUAUUAUCUAGGUUUACUAGGAAUGAAUUUAAUGCAGAAAGUAAGAGUACCAUAGGAGUAGAAUUUGCUACAAGAAAUGUAAAUAUUAAAGGUAAAACCAUAAGAGCACAGAUAUGGGAUACUGCAGGUCAAGAAAGGUAUAGGGCAAUAACUAGUGUGUAUUAUCGUGGUGCUGUAGGGGCGUUGGUUGUAUAUGAUAUAACUAAACAGUUAACAUUUGAAAGUCUGGAGAAAUGGUUAGAAGAAUUACGAGAACAUGCAGAUCCUAAUUGCAGAAUUAUGUUAGUAGGCAAUAAGAUAGAUCUGAAUCAUCUCAAAGAGGUUGUGCAAGAUGAAGGCAGAGCUUUUGCUGAAAAAGAAAGAAUCUCUUUUGUUGAAACAUCUGCAUUAGAUUCAACUAAUGUUGGUGAAGCAUUUAAUAAUCUUCUUGUAGAUAUUUUUAAGACACAAGUUGAAGACCCACCAAGUCCAGCCCCACCUAAAGAAAGUGCUAGAAGAUUAGAACUUCCACAAGAAACAAGUAAACCUCAAUCAGAUUGUAAUUGUUAAAUGUAUUUUAAAGACUUGAUUUUGAAAUGAUAUUGAUACACAACAAUGAUUAUAUCUUGGAUUUGGACUUUGUUACAUACUGUAAUAAUAUAUUGGCAAUUCUUGUACAUAGACAACAAAUUGAAAUCAAACACACAUUUGAACUUGUACAAUGGUUUUUUCUUUUUUGAGAUCUGAAUUUCUUAACUUUAACAGAAUAUACUUGCAGCAGAGUUUUAAGCUAAUAUGAUCAUUUUACCCACCCAAGGCCACAAUGACUUAAUGUGAAUUUUAUGACUCAGGCAUACUAUGCAUUUCCAAACAUAAACUUUCCAAAAAAUAAAACAUUCCUGAAACUGAGUUUUUUUUUUAUGUGUGAAUGAAAAUGGAUAGAGUAUAUAAAUGUAUUUUUUGUAACCUUUGUUUAACACAAAUAUGUUAAAAGAAACUGCAAAUGUCAGAAAUCCAUAAAUUUGUUUCUUUAGUGAAAUGUAUGUUAAAAUAACUACAAAUAGAUGUAUAUAUAUAAUAAUAUAUGUAAUAGAAAUUCAUGACCAGAAAUGUCAAAAAAAUUUUGGAACUUCUAUAGCCUUUUAAAUUCUACUUUUAAGCCUACUAUUAUUUAUGUUAGCAACACCAAAUUUAAAUAUUCACCCGAGGAUUAUGUUUAAGAAAUUAUGUUAUGAGAUUAAAAGUACAAUAUAAGCGAUUGAAAAAUUCAAUUUAAACUUAAGUAGGUUAUUUUAACAUCCAUAGUUGUUUUUUUUCAUUUGCAGAUUUUUUUUACACAUUUAGGUUAUUCUGGUUUUUAUUUAAACUAGAUUAUUUUAAAUUCUGUGUGCAAUUAUUAUUUUGUUUUGAAAUCAAUCUUUUUCUUACAAAUCAGUGAACUUUAUGCAUAUGUAAUAUGAGAAAGUUGUGAAGAAUUUCAAUGAACUAACUAAUGGUUUAGACAUGGGAGAUAAUUUUGCUCUAUGUGACUUGACUAAAGAAGAUUUCUAUCUACAUCAAACAUUUUCAUUUAAUAGUAAUAUUUAUCAAACUAAUGUUAUUAACUUUGCCUUUAUAAAACAGCCAAAAUAAUAAAUACUUAUUUGAUUUUAAAUAUGCUAUGAUUAGUUUGUAGUGUUAUUUGACUAUUUUAUGUUACAUAAGUUUAUGUUAAAAUUUGUGACAGGUAAUUCUACUACUUCCUGAAAAUUGUCCAUGACUACUACUUUUAUUGUGGAAAGUAUAAAUGGCAUGGCAUGCUUACUCUUCUGGAACAUCUGAUGCCACUAACUAGGUAUUCCUUUUAUAUAUAUACCUACAUACAUACACCUAAUAACUCUAUGUAUUGCAUUAGCCUCUUCAUAAUGUCGAAGGUAUUAAUUGGAUCAUAUGAUAUCAAUACAGCCAAUCAGAACCAGAAAGACUGUGAACUAGUUGGCUCCUGGUGAAACAUGUAGGAUGAGCUUUCUGAUUGACAAGCGGACAACCCAAUUAAUUUGCUACUUUUACCAAUGUCAAAGAUUCGUGAAAGUACCUAAUGAUGUCAAGGUAUUAGACAGAGUUUGUAAUGCUUGACAUUGUGAAGAGGAUCUUAAAUCCCUUCCAGACAAGAAGAUAUAUCUCUAGAUCUUGAAUGUAUUAUAUUUCUCUAGUGUUAGUAACAGUUCUAUUAUUAGCAUAAUUUAUUUGAAAUAUUAAUAUAUAGAUUAUGUAUCCUAUACUAAUAUUAAACAUACUAUGUUUUUUUUAAGUUUGGGACCAAUUUUCUUUUUAAGUAUUUUUGAUAUAUUCACUAUUUUGUUUGAAGGAAAUGUGAUUUUCAAUACGAUUGUAAUGCAGAUCAAGAUGUUGUUACCCAUUGUAUUUUUUCUAUGGUUUGCUUUACUCUCCAUUAAUGAGCUGAAGAAGUUUUUCUUUCAAAAAUGGCUCAACAAUAAUUUAAACAAUCCAAUCAAAGCAUAGUUAAAAGGAGAGUGAGUAAAGUACUAUAAACCAAUUUUCAUAUCUGAUUGGCAAACAUAGCAUUUAAUUGGAGGGCAAGUAAAAUUUACCACAGAAAAUAGAACAUCUAAUAAAACAAUAUGAAAAAAAAAACUGAAGCCUUCCAGCUAAUAUAUAAAUACACAUAAAACAUAAAACACAGAAGUGUUGUGUAAUGAGAUUAGGAUACAUAACAAUAGGUUUGGUUUUAUUAUAUGCUUUAGUUUUUCUACCAUUAUAAUAUAUAUAAAUAGAUCAGCAAAUUUCUUCCCAUGUGUGAGAAAUUUUUCUUAUUUAAGCUUUAUCUAUAUAUUUCUUUUCUAUUUUAGAUUCCUUCAGUUCAUUUUUUUUUUAAAUUGUAAGUAUUGAAAUGAUUAAAAUAAAACUUUUGUUUUGU